CACUCUCUUUUCUCCCUAUCAUCAACUCUAGCUCAGACUAAACUCAAAGAGAGAGAGAAAGAUUGAAUCUUUGCCAGAUGGGUAGUGAAUUUUUGUCAAGAAAACCCCAUUAUGAUAUCACCAUGUCAAAGAGGACAAGAAAGCCAGCUUCAAACGUCAUCAACAUUCAAGAAUCUGCAGAAAACUGCAUCAGUGGUACGGUGAAGAUGAAUCAGGUGGUGAAUGAAGUGUGUGAUGAUCAUGAAGGGAUUAUUCAAGGGGAUGAUGAUGAUAGUGAUCGGAGCAAGAAGAGUUUGAAGCAGCUGAUUGAAGGCGGCCGGAGAGGGACUUCGCUGGGAGAAUACUUCACGGCGGAAGAGAAGCAGCUUCAGGUGGCGGUGGUGGCGGCGGAGGACGGCGGGUCUAAUGGAGUCAAGUUCAAGCGCAUGGUUCGCCGGUACACCAAAGUGUUGAGCCACAUGAUGAAGCUUAAGCGCGAUGCGAACAAACCCCAUUUCCGAUUAAAACUUUAAAAGUUGAGCAGAUUCAGAAAUAGUGAUUUUGCAGGAGCAAUUGGAGCUCCCGAGUGAAUCUUCUUCAUGCAAAAGAGUCAUGCAGAGAAUGGGAAAACAAACACAUUUUUGAGAAGAAGAUGGGAGGUUAUAUAUAUGUGUCUGUGUGUAUGUGUAAGUGAUUGUAUCGAUCUAUAAUCUAUUUCCUUGCUGGAAAUUAAUCUUGUUUCCUGCUACAUUUUGGACCUGGAAACCUUCUUCAACCAAGUAUAUAUAUCAUGAGCAAAUUAAAACCUUCUUUGCUUGUUCCAAGUA